AUGGAUGCUAUAUCGGAUCCGGCUUUCCAAAGUACCAAGUCGCUGAAAACUGCGGCUGAGGAGCUCCCGUCUCUUUUAACAGUGAUUGUCGAUACAACACCUAAACUUUGGGCGGAACUAGACAAAGAAAGUGGACAGAAUAAGAAUUUGAUACAUACAUUGCAAUCGCUCAUUGUGUUUUUGAAUGCGCAUUUGACAUUCAACAGUGCAAACCAGGUGUGUGUGAUUGCUGCACAUUCUAAGGGUAUCAAAUAUCUAUAUCCAACGACGACGGUUUCUUCGAAAGAAAACGGCUCAAUCAAACAAAAUGGCGAUCUAAAGAUUAUCAGCAACAACAUGUACCGUCAAUUCCGGAACGUUGACGAAACAGUUUUGGAAGAGCUGUACAAGCUCAUGUUGGAGGAGAAAAACGCUGAAAUUGUGGAUCGACCGCAGAAAAGUACGCUUUCUGGAGCCAUGUCAGCGGGAUUCACGUAUAUUAAUCGAACGAUCAAAGAACAAGAAAAUACAUCUUUGAAAGCGAGACUUGUGGUCUUGACGUGCGGUUCCAGUAGUGAGAAAGAUGAAAUUUUUCAGUACAUUCCUAUCAUGAACUGUAUUUUCACUGCAACCAAGAUCAAAUGUCCGAUUGACGUUGUCAAAAUUGGUGGCUCUCAGGAAUCAACAUUUCUUCAGCAAGCUACCGAUGCCACCAAUGGUGUAUAUUUGCAUGUGCCGACUACAGAAGGGCUGAUACAAUACCUGUCGACUGCUAUGUUCAUUGAUCCAUCAUUAAGGCCCAUCAUAGUGAAACCAAACCAGGGAUCCGUAGACUUCAGGACCUCGUGCUACCUCACGGGCAAAGUAGUCGCCGUGGGAUUCGUUUGCAGUGUGUGCUUGUGUGUGCUGUCGGUUGUUCCUCCCGGCAAUAAAUGCCCGGCAUGCGAUUCGGAAUUUGACGAACAUGUCACAGCGAGGCUUAAGCGAAAACCCGUUGUGCCUAACAGCGUGGCAAAGAAGAAGAGAAAACCCGAAAGCUAG